CCAAAAUCCAGAGCAGACAAUGAGUCCCAUGUCUACGCCUCUAUCGACGACCCCACCAUAUACGGACACCUUGUGGACAAGAACCAACCUGCAGAGGUUGACAACGGAGCCUGGAGCAACGGACAUCAGGUGGACGCGUACCCUCCGUUCACGGGCCCCAUGGACUCCGUCCCAGCAGCUCCGGAUUCAUCUGCUGAAUAUUCGCUGGACAGAAGAGAAGGAGACGCUUUUCAGCCUUUCCUAAACCCACCCAACACCUUUAACCUGCCGAGGCCUCGCUCGCCGCUCAUAUCGCUGGGAAGCUUAGGAUUCGAAGAUCGCAGGAUGAUGGAUAACGCGCUGAACACUUUCAAGAGUGUCGGGGGUAUAAAUCCCAUUCGUCUGUCUGCUGAUGAGUCCAGACUACAACAGCAAAUGGAUUCAGACUCGGAUUCUUAUCCUGAGCCAGAAUACGAGGUGGCCAUGUGAGAAUGAGGAUAUGAUUAUUCGCCUGCUCGCCAAAAACUUUCAGAUUUUAUUGGGAGAGCAGAAAAGCCAUUGGCUGCAAGCCUGUGCAUGUGCGCAUACAAAGACAAUCUUUUUAUGUAGAGCUUUGAACUGAUGGAAAAAGGCCACGCUCUCUCUCGCCGCCCUAGUGGUCGUGUGUGUAUCUUGCAUGUAUAUUUUAUUAAAAAUUUGGUUUUAAAGGUUUUUAAUGGGCUUGUAGCCUGAAUGUACAGAAUUAACGCUCUUGUCGGAGCCGUUUGAGAGCCGAACCUCUGGUGGAAGUUUGCCGUGACUUUCUCUAUUGGAUUUUAAAAAAAAAUUUUUUUUUUACAGUGAUUGUAUCCAGGCUACAGGUUUCAUAUGUUUGUUAUUCAAUUCUGUAUGUUUACUUCAUUCAUUCCUAAAAUAAAUUCUCAGGUAUUUUAAUAGA